UGCAGCAUUUUAAUGUAAAUUGUUGUAAAAAAAAUAUUAUGAAAACACAUGCACGAUAAUAUAUUGCAAUGGAAUAAUUCAAUGAGUACCUUUUUAUUUCUUUUUCUUUGAAGUGUUAUGAAAAAGUGUGCGGUUAUGGGCAAAUUUUCGUUUAAAGAAUUCAACGAAAAUGCUACACUUGCUUUUAAAAGAGCUGACUUUAAGCUCAGACCGAAUGCAAGUUUUGGAAUAUGGGCUUGCAUGUUGUUACCGGUAGCAAUAAUCUUAUCCUUUUGGAAACAUCAACGAGAGGCUUCAUUAUUUUAUAAAUUGAAUGUCAUUGCUGCUAUUGGAAUAUGUUUUAUUAACAUUACAAUAUUGUAUAACAUUGCAAAGAAAUCAAAAAUUAAUACUCGGUUAACAGCAACAGUAGCAGUUUCUUUGAUGACAAGUUGUCUUUUCUGGAUUUGUAUGAGAAAAGAUUGGUUAUAUAGUUUCUUAUAUAGUUUUGGAGUAAUAUCUACUUAUUCAUUAAUUUUACCAAUUUGUUUAUACUCCUUACCUUUGGCAUUCACUUUUGGAGAGGCAGCUAUUUGUGCUCAAGGCAUUGUUCUAUUUAUUUUCUCUGCCAUCGUAAAUAUCCUGGACAUAGAAUUCAUCAGUUGUCUUUCGCCUUAUACGAAGAGCAGGAUAUCAGAUACUAUACUACAGGUGGGAAUCUUAGGAAUAUGUUUGAUAGCGUCUAUAAUAUGUUUCUUCAAAAUAUUGCAAAACUAUAUUGCCUUUUAUAUAACAACUGUUUCUGUGAUUUUACUUGCAAUGUUUCCAAUGAUGCACGUACUAUUGAAUCAAAGUCCAAUAAUAUGGAUACUGGUAUUUAUGUUCAACGACUCCAGAAGAAUAUACUUAAUAAUGUAUUGGGGCACCUGCGUUUUAAUUGCAAUUCUGCUGAUGUAUUGGCAAAUAAGUGGAGGUGCAAAAGCUAGUACAGCUUUACGAAAAUAUUUUCAUAUUUUGGCCGUUCUCAUAUAUGUGCCAGGACUGAUUUAUGAAUGCACUUUGUUAUACCUUGCAUCUGGUGUGGUUUUUGCAAUCUUUAUAAUGAUUGAGAUAAUUAGAAAGUUUGAUAUAUGGCCAUUUGGAAAGCUAUUACAAAUGGGAUUUUCAACAUAUGCAGAUGAGAAGGAUGCUGCUGAAAUAGCUCUCACUCCCAUUUAUUUGAUUGUAGGAUGCACACUGCCCAUGUGGAUACAUCCGUGUCCUUGUGAUUUGACGGAUUCUGCCGGAUUUAAUUUGAUGCCAUUAUUAGCUGGUUUAUUAUCAAUUGGAAUUGGUGACACUAUGGCCAGUAUUAUUGGAUCGAAUUUUGGAAGACACAAAUGGAAAGGAAGCAAAAAGUCUGUGGAAGGAACCUUGUCAAGCAUAAUUUUUCAGUUAUUGCUUGUGUUGUUAUUGGUUUAUACUGGUAAAAUUUUAUAUUUAUUAAUAAUAAAAAAUAUUUCGUAUUACAUAAAUAUCUAUUCUGCAGGUUUUGUUAAGGGGAGCUGUUAUAACAUACUGCAAUCAAUAUUUGCUAUUGUUACAAAUGCUUUAAUUGAAGCAAAGACUGACCAAGUGGACAAUUUGGUUUUACCAAUUAUUACAUAUAUUUUAUUAUUGUGAUAUUUGAAUAAAUGUUCAAGUAAGGAAAGUGAAUAUUUUCUUCCGAAAACAAGUCCAACCUGUAAACAGAAUCAGUAAUCCUAUCAGCGGGAGUUUUUGAUUUAAGAGGAGAAAAAAGGCAACGGAAAAGUGUUAUCAAAACUGAAACCAAAAGAAAACCUUCAGCGGC